GCUAUGACAUCCCAUGACAAUUUCCUGCCGGAAGUGGUGGCGUUUCCUGGAGACAAGGGGCAGGCGGCGGUCCCGAUUACAGGAUGAAUGUUGGGGUGGCUCACAGCGAGGUUAACCCCAACACCCGAGUUCUGAACAGCCGUGGAAUAUGGUUGGCAUACAUCAUACUGGUGGCAUUUUUGCACAUUAUCCUACUAAGCUUUCCAUUCUUCAGCGUUCCUGUUGUUUGGACACUGACCAAUGUCAUCCACAAUCUUGUGAUGUACCUUUUCCUGCACACUGUGAAGGGCACACCCUUUGAGACUCCAGACCAAGGCAAGGCACGACUCCUUACUCAUUGGGAACAGAUGGACUAUGGCAUUCAGUUCACCUCUUCACGCAAGUUUCUCACCAUAACCCCCAUUGUAUUAUACCUCCUUGCCAGCUUUUACACAAAGUAUGAUGCAGUCCAUUUUCUUAUCAACACAGUAUCGUUGCUCACUGUUCUUCUGCCAAAGCUCCCACAAUUCCAUGGAGUCAGAAUAUUUGGAAUCAAUAAAUACUGAAGAGGACGACACUACCCAGCAUCCCACAUCAGUUUAAGGAACCUUAACAUGCUGUUUCCCUAACGUCAUGUGCCUUUUACAUUGAGAAUGCAGUGUUCUACAGAUGCCUUGCAGAGCUUGGUUGGAAAGUUAGCACUGAUGUUGCCUUAGAGCUGUCUAAUACACUGUAGGAUUCUUCAGCACUAAAUUAAUUUAGAAAUACCUACAUCAUAAUUGCAGUCAUCCUUUCUAAAGUACUGCUACAUGGACAAGCUUAUCAGGAUGGUUUAUGAUUUAAGUAUUGCUUUAAAGUGAACCAGGUCUAGUUUUGCAAAUGACAUUCCAUAGCAGCCUCAUUUAACACUUUGAUACUUAAGAGACUAGUUUGUGCUUUCAUAUUCACCAUCUCUUAAAUUAGAAAGCACAAGGGCUGGGAUAGGAACACUUUCUAUAAUUAUACCUCAGAUUAAAAAAAAAAUAUAUAUCCUUGAUGUAAAAUUUUUGCUAAUUGAAAAAAUAAAACAGAGGUUCCUUGUACAUAAUUCUGAACAUAUCUUAGAUUAUAAAGGGCCAUUUUAAUGCAAAACCAAAAUACUUUGGUGUUAUUUUUUACCUUAUGUCCGUGGCUUACUUACUAUAUGUUUAAGCCUGCAAACGUAUAGCCAAGAUCUGGCUUGGGAGGCUCAACAAAAUUCUGAGCAGGACAUGGCAGUUGUCUAAAUGUAAUUUGUAACUGGCUCCCGACCAUGUCCUGCUCAGGAGUUGCAAUAUGUUCAGUCUGUUAAGCAAGAUUUAGGUAUGUAUAAAAGACCUUUGCAGGGAUUAUUAGCUAAGGGCAUUAGUGGGUAAACGUAUGUUUAAAGGGACAGUCUACUUCACACUUUUUAUUGUUUAAAAAGACAGAUAAUCCCUUUUAUUACCCAUUCCCCAGUUUUGCAUAACCAACACUGUUUAUAUAAUACACUUUUUACCUCUGUGUGUACCUUGUAGAUAAGCCUCUGCAGACUGCCCCCUUAUCUCAGUUCUUUUGACUGAGUUGCAUUUUAGACAGUUGGUGCUGACUCAUAAAUAACUCCUAGGGAGAGAGCACAAUGUUAUCUUUAUGGCACACAUGAACAAUGCACUGAGAUAAGAGGCGGCCUUUACGGGUUUAGAAUUUAGCAUAUGAGCCUCCCUAGGUUUAGAUUUCAACAAAAAACUCCAUGAGAAAAAAGCAAAUUUGAUGAUAAAAGUAAAUUGGAAAGUUGUUCAAAAUUGCCAGCUCUAUCUGAAUCAUGAGUUUGAUUUUGACUAUACUGUCCCUUUUAAAAUUUUAUUUUUAGCAUUUAACUGUAUCAUUUAAAGGGACACUCAACACAUCUUGAUUUUAUGUAAAAAAUAAAUAAAUGUGCUUUGCCCCAUACUCCCCAGAGAAGACAAAAAUCAAAAUUUGUAACCUAGGUUUUCAAAAGUGCUGCAAAUUCCCCCCAAAACCUGCUACUUGGUUUCCAGGGUACAUAUUUUAUUUUAUAGCCUUUCUAUGGAGUUUAGGACAAAUACAAUUUUACACAAGAGGUGCUCAAUGUCCUUUAAAGCAUGUGAAUUGCUUUUUUUUUUAUAUUUAUUUCAUAUAUUCCUAAUUUAAGGGCCAUAAUAGUUUAAAAUUACACGGACUAAUUUGUUAGUGCAUGUAAUUUUAACACUAUCGACCCUGCACUACUUGUUAAACCCCGCAAAGGAGUUAACAGCAGCACUAGUCACGUGACUCAGAUAUGUAACUAGUCCUGCUGAUUUUUAUCAGCAAUAGUUUUAACUCGGAACCUGCAGUGCUCUGAGGGUCCAGAGCGGUACUUAUACAGUGUGCAUGGCCAAUAGUAUUAAAAUUACAUGUUGUUACGAAUUAGCGCAUGUCAUUUUUUCCACUGUUAUGGCCCUUUAGUUUACUUGAUUUUAUUAUCUGAAACUAAAUAACCUUAAAUGCAGUUCUGCCCACAUAAGUUGCUCAUAUUUGUGCAUAUAACUUAUAGAGGUUUGGCAAUUGAUGUUGCAAUUGCAGGCAGCUUGUGUGUAGCAUAGAGAACACAAAAUAAAUGAAGAACUGUGAUUAGUCUUUUAAUUAGAAAUGUAACUGACCUUUUAUUUUGCGCACUAAGUGACAGCACGUUAAAUUAAAAUAAAAUCUCAUUGAAAUGGA